AGGUAGAAAAUGUCACCUGGACCAGGAGAGAUGGAGGUUUACCUGAAGGCGUAUCUGGAGAAGGGAACCGGCUUGUCUUUGGUAGGCCGCUUAUCUUGACAGACACAGGUGUCUACGAAUGCGAUGCCAGGAACCGCAUGGGGGCCGACAAAGGAGAGCUGCAGGUGACUGUGAGAGAGCUCCAACGGCAUGAGGCACCAGUCGACACCUUCCCCACAAUCAUCGUGGGCGGGGUUGCCGGGGCCUUAGUUGUUGUCAUGGUGAUUGUCAUCAUCAUUGUGACCCAUCACCAUAAACGCAAGAACAGGAAGUUGAAGAGGGAGCUUAGUGACAGGACGGAGGAGAUUAACAAUCUAUCAAGACAGACCUCAUUGAGGAGACUAAACUCUGCCAGCACAGACCUCAGAAGUCAGAUGGAUGAUGUGUCUAUCAGGAUGGACAGCAUGAUAAAAAACAAUGUGAUGUCCUUGGAGGAGUGUUCUGCCCUGCACCAGCCACCAGGGGGAGUGUCAGAGCAGGACCUUGAGAGACCCCUCUACCCAGGCUUCCACCCCCCCAGAGACGGCAACUCGUGGAGGGAGAGGCAGAGGGAGGAGAGCCAGCGCCGGUUAGAGGCCUACCUCAAGAGCAGCAACCACUCUCUGGACUCUGGACUUCCCUCCUCCCUGGUUCCCCCUCUGAGUCCGGAGGCCCCAGUGCUGGAGAUGGAGCCUAGGGUUACUCUCCCACGUUGCACAGGCGGACAGACACAGCCCUGGGCCUCCAGAGAGGGUGUGGUGGACGGACAGACCAAUGGGUGGUCUCCGCACGUGGGGGUGGUGGAUGGACAGACGGGACAGGGGUGGUUGCAGAGAGAUGGGGUAGCAGAGGGAGAGGAGGACGAGGAUGCGUCGAGCUCGUUGCAGAUCUCUGAGGCACUGUCCAAUCACUUCCACUACAGCAACGGGUUCUUGCGACCCAAAGCCCACCCCAACGCCAUUCUACUACACCCACGGGGGCAAAUCAUAUAACUACCCCACCCUAAUGCAAUUCUUCUGCAACCCAGGAGUAAAUCAUAAAACUACCCUACCCCAUUGCCAUUCAGUUGCACCUGCUGGGGAAAAUCACACAAUUACCCCACCCCAGUGUUAUUCUACUGCACCCCCCAGAGCAAAUAAAAUAGUGAAACACCCAAAUCGUUCUCCACUAAACCAAUGAGAGAAAAUCACAUGACUGCCAAACCUCUUCAUCCUUUCCCCUCUGUUUUUUGUCUCAUGUUUUGUACUUUGUAUUUGGUUACUGUUUUACUGUAUUGAAUUUAUUUUUUUAUCAUCAAAGCGGCAGCAAGUGCUUUAGACGGAGCUGCUGGAGAGGGGAUGGAGUUAUAGCCUUUGCUACUGGGUCUGGGUGGUGUUGGUGGCUCUUGGGCUGUUUGGGCCUAGAGCUGAUGGGAACUCUCUCAAGCCUGAUCGGAUCUAAGACUGUAUGGAUUCCUUGUUCAGCACUGACUGCUAGGGUCAUAGGUCAUACGUAUACAUGCUUGGCACAACCUGUCUCCAAUAGGAUGUAUCCAAAGGACAAACGAACAUGAUGGAGGAGCCUGCAAGUCCUGCCUAUAUGGGCGGCUAAUUAACACUAUAGUUAUUACUACACCAUUGCUGAAGGACAUUCACAAAAUGUGCUGAUUGGACACUUGACGCCUCGGUCUGUGCAAGUCUGUGCAAGCUGAAGACAACUAGUUCCAAAGUUACAUCAGACCAAUAUCUGUCUGUGUGUGUCCGCUACAUCAUGAACUUAUCUGUUUGUCUUGAAAAGGUUUACAACAGGAUUCAUUCUGUUAUCUGUAUACCAGGUGUGGCUAUUAAAUAAUAAGACUACUGCUGUAAUUCAACUGUAAUGAAGAAAACUUCUUGUACUUAUAACUUGUGUAUAUACUCAUAAUGUCUUGUUAUUUAAUAGCCACACCUCGUGUAUAUUCAAACUACUGACUACGUUUUAAUAGAUAUUACCACACUCUCCUUUAUAUUGCACAGGAAUAAAUCUUUAUAAAUGUUUAA